UCAUAAAUAAACACCCCCUUUUGUUUAGUUCUCAACAUUAUUCUGAGAGUUUUAAAGCGGAAUACACCUUGAUUGUGGUAGAAAGGAUGUGAAAAGGAACAUUUCUUCAGUUCCUGGAUGUCAAGAAGUGUGCGAAGGCAAUGGAAUCCGUGUCAGCGAUCUCUGAUCGACUGUCCAUUCCAAAACAUCACUGUCGCUGUUUGUCAAAAACAAGAAUCGUCUGCAUUGUAACCAAUGAUUGGUAUAAAUGUUUAAGACAAGGGAAAGUAGGAACCAUUCCUGCUACUGAUAUCUUUAACCCAACAGAAGCUGAGAGACUUUUAGCAGCAUCAUCAAUAUCUCUUCCGGAAUCAUGGUUACGCAUAGCAAUAAAAGUUGUAAAGAAACAAGAAGAACUAGUUGAAAGAUUACGGAUUGAUAAUCUUCACAAUGGUAACAUCGCCAGUAAUAUCUUUGAACAUCUGGUUUAUGUGGCACAUGAAAAUUUUAAUACAAAAUGGAAGACAGCUCAUCAUUUGUAUCUGGGAUCAAAUAACUCAAAACAUAAAAAAGAAUUACAAAGAUUCAGUGCUUCAAUUUACCAAUAUGUUGAUAAAUUCAAACCAGAUAUUUACAUCAAUCUGGACUCUACAGGAACAAUAUUACCGCUAUCGUCAAAGAGGCAAAGUACCCCACAUCCAAAUUUAGUACCCCUCUCAGUUUUAAUAGAGACAGCCUCCCAUUUCUUUUUUGUGCAGCCCUAUGUUUCUUACACCUUACAUAAUAUCGUGUUCUUUAGUCCUAGUGUGUUGUCAUCCUCGACAGCCAAUUCACUUUUUAUUGUGUAUCAGUUGCUUCAUGCUAUGCAUUGUUUACAUCAACAUGGUAUCUCGGCAAAAGGUAUCAAAUUAAGCAAUAUUUUAAUCAAUCAAAAUUUAUGGAUUUCAUUAACCACACCGCAAAUUAAAACAUGGAUGAUCAAAGCCCGAGAAGAAUCAAAAGAAUUGUUAGUAGUGUCAAAAAAUUGUGAUGUUCUUGAAGGGGAAAGAUCCCCGGAACGUCGUUUCAGGGCAUCAUCGGAAAGAGAAGAACUUGUAAGCCAGGCCCGUGAGGUUUUGAAAUCCUGUACGUACAAGCAAUAUACGAUCAAAGAUCUUCCUUCUAUUGUUGACCGCUGGGUCUGUAAAAAAUUAACGAACUUUGAAUACCUUAUGAUUUUAAAUCACUUAGCAGGACGAGUCAUGAACGAUCCAAAUAAUCAUCCAGUUUUACCGUGGGUAAAGGAUUUUACGACACCAGAGUUUGGACACAGAGAUUUAACGAUGUCUAAAUAUAGAAUAAACAAGGGAGACUAUCAGCUUGAUUUUACGUAUAAUUCUAUGAUAGGAAUGGAUGAUAACGGAGAACAUAUACCACACCAUGUUUCCGACGUUUUGUCCGAUAUUACAUAUUACGUUUACAAAGCAAGACGGACGGAAAAAAGUAUUUUGUGUACGCACGUUCGGACUAACUGGGUUCCACAUGAGUAUCCUAGCAGUAUGCAAAGAAUGCAGGAAUGGACUCCAGACGAAUGCAUCCCUGAAUUUUACACAGAUCCAACAAUUUUUGUUUCUAUACAUGAAGAUCUGCCUGAUCUUGAAAUUCCACAGUGGUGCAGCUCAGCUUAUGACUUUAUUUUAAAACAUAUGGCAGCUUUAGAGAGUGAUAUUGUUUCGGAGAUGUUACAUCAUUGGAUUGAUCUUACAUUUGGAUACAAGUUAACAGGUGCUGCAGCGGUUAAAUCUAAGAAUGUGUAUCUCCAGUUAGUUGAUAAUCACAAGUCUAUUAGCAAUCACGGUGUCGUACAGCUGUUUACCGAGCCACAUCCACAUAAACUUUCAACAUCACAGAUCUAUAGUUCUUUACAUCCACCCAAAAUACCCAGAGAAGUUCUACCAGCUCAGAUGAUGAUGUUUAGUUCAAGUUCAAGUGGUCCAGAGACAGUUGUACAUGAAUUGAGUUCCAUGGAGAUUGUUGAUUUAGUUGACAAGACACGGCCAGAAUCAGCAGUAAUACAUCUACCUAAAAACUAUAAUAUACUACAACCUCUCGAUGAUUAUGAAAGUCAGUUUAACUUUUCUAGUAAAUCAUUACUUCAUUUGCCUGCUACACAAGAUCAAAAGAGUAAAAGUUACCUGGACGAUGAAGUGCGAGAUAUUUUAACAGAAGAUUUGGCCGUAUUCAUCUGUAACAUGUGUGAAAUUUUCCUCUCCCCGAAAGUUCGAGCUCUGGGACCAAAUUUAUCAAACAUAGAAAGAUACAAAUUAAUCCGAUCUAUAUGUUCAUCUGAUUGUGAAGAACUCCCAAGACCACUUAGGAAAGCUACAGGUUUUCUAUUUAAAAACUUAAUAAUUGAUGAAAGCUCUGAAGAUAAAAAGUUAUUUCGAUAUCUGUCCGAUAAUGAAGAGGGAAUCCCCCUACCAUCCCCUAGUUAUUUACUGCAGCCCUAUUCUCAUAUACUACCCUUCCCAGAAUACUUUGAUAAACUUUACACCUGCUUGACAGAAAUCAAACAAAAAGACGCAGAAAUUGAAAAACUACGCUGGAGUAAGAUGACACCUGCUGAAAAAAAUUCUAUGACGAAAUGUUUACAACGAGAAAAGAUUCCGCUCUUAGAACAAUUCCUUACAAAAUAUCACAAUAAACUGGGUCAAGAGGGGUUAGAUAUUCUAUCACCAUAUAUAGAAGAACUAUUUGAAAAUGAAAUAACGACAGUCCAAGCGGCAUGGUGUUUCCUUAAUACCAUGAGUAGGGAAUUAGGAAAAGUUGAAACAGCGAAGAGACUGUUGCCGCAUCUUAUUAAGUUGUUCAGUGGGGAAAAUUCUACAGCGAAACAUGUUAAACUAUAUCAUAGACAAUUCCUCAUGCAGCUCAUCGUCCGUUUAGGAUUAAAAACAUUUAUUUUGAAUUUCUCGACUCUUUUAGUCGAAGCUGUGUCCGGUUUUAAAGAUUUUUAUGUACCCAGUAAAUUUUACAAUGAAGAACUUUUAGAGGAGAUGGAUCAAGAAGAGCUGACAAACACAAGUCCGAAUUGGGAUCCUAAUAUGGCAAUGAAUCGAUCUCCCAAUGAACUGAAUAUCGAGCAACCAAAUGAGUUCUCUUUUCAAACCAGUUACAGUUGGGAAACGGGUAAAGAUGAAAGUACACAAGCAGACGUGGACGAGAUUGAAGACGAUUUCCCAGACAAUAUGUCGUUGGAAGACGAAGAAGAAGAAGAAAAUCGAAACAUUCCUCGGUCUGUAGAUUCAACAAGUGUGGGUAAAAUGUCCAUGGGUAGCGAGGACAGCGAGAAUCAACAGUCGGUUGAUGAAGAGAAUUCCGUAGAGGAUGAUGCGGGCGUGUUUGGAAGUGUGGCCUCAAUUCACAGUAUAUCCCACCUUUUAGAACAAUCACGCGAUAAGUUGUCGAGUAUUGAUGAAAGCAAUACUGGUUUGUUAAAUGAAGAUAAUCCAAAUGUUGAAUACAGGGGUUUAGUGUCGGACACGGAAAGCCAUGACGAAGAAGAUGAAAAUCCUAAACAAUUUUAUUUGACAGCAGAAGGAGGGGAUGAAACUCUCACCCCAAAGAGAAAAGAGAGCAUGGUACGAAGUGAAACAGAGGAUCUUAUGAUGAACAUAUCAAUAUCGAGUCCAACGGAUAUUUUGAAUAUUCGCGAUGUGGCGACGGAAAGUGUAAAAUGGCUAUGCCAUAAACUUGGACCUGUUCUUACAGCCAAACAUUUAUCCCGUAAUUUAAUACGGAUGAUCUCAUUGUGUUAUAUGGGUGAAGAACAGUUACGACCACUGGAAAAAACAGAUAAUUAUAAUUUGAAGUCAUCCAAGUUGAUAGUUGGUGAUACCCACUCUCAUAAAAUAUUAGAAUGUUUAGGUUUUGUAGCGGAGUUGUAUGGUGAACAAGUUAUAUUACUUCAAUAUUUACCAUGUAUAGUUGAUUUAGUUUCUGUUUGUCAGAAGCGAUUGACACAUCGUUCAGAAACUGGUUUAUUUGGUGCAUUGUUAUUGUUACGAUAUAUUAUACCAUUUCUUUCUAAUAAAACUCUCAUGGAUGUUAUUAGUGAUGUUUUUGUUAAAGAUACAUUGAUACCAAUUAUUAAACUGGUUACCUCCCCUUCUAUAUCCUUCCCAGGUGGCAGCCUGAUUCGUUCUGUUAUUAGUCAUAAGAUUAUAGAUGUUUUAUAUGUUAUUGGAUUACGAUUAGGAUUUGAAAUGACUCGUACACAUCUGAAUCAACCUAUGCAGUUGUUCUUUGAUGCCUUUAAUUUUGUCCACGGUAAAAAUUCUGCAAAUAAUUUCAACUUAGAAUCUACCUCACCGUCAGUUAUCGGAAGUCAGGGUUCUGAAGAAGGGUAUUUAACAAUCAAGAUGGAUUCUACAACCAGAGAAUAUAAGAUAGGUACACCUGUAUCUGUCAGCAGUAUUCAUAUGGCAGCUCAACGACCUAAACAUGAACAAUCAUCAAAAUAUCAUAGUUUAUCAUCUAUCAACUUGCCAGAUGAAAGGGAGGAACUGAAUUCUGAGAAUAAAAACUAUGACAAUAAAGAGGGUGGUCAACAAGAAUUAGCCAAUGUAUUUACACCAGAAUUGGCUCUAGCUGCUUACGUUCCUAUCUGUGGUGUAUUUGGAGGGAUCCAUAUGGAAUGUAAUUUAUAUUGUGAUGAUUUAAUGAGACAGUUAUGUUCUCAACAAGAUCAAACAGCUGACCAACAUCUACAACAAUCAGAUGAUACUAUUAUUGAUGAUGGAAUAGAUACGUUAACAAGUGUAGAGGAUUGUGGGAAUGAAGUAUUAGGUGGUAUAGGACGUAACGUAGCUAUGAUAGGUAACCGGAUUCAGUUAACAGAGAGUGUUGAGACAACUAGUUCAACUAUAACAGAGUUAGGUCGUAAUUAUAGACAUUCUGGUAUAUUGUCUAUAUAUCCUGAUGAUCUUAUGUUUGAUAAUUCAGAAACCUAUAAGGGAAGACAUUUAAGAGGAAAUUGGUUGGCCUACUGGGAACAUGAAUUAGGUUUACAUGAAAGAGAUACGUCCUUCAACUUUAAACAAAUUAAACUUCAAACAUUUGUUGGUCAUACAAACAGUAUAAGAUCAUUACAUGUAAUUGAUGUUUUAUAUUUUAUAUCAUACCAACAGUAUAAGAUCUUUGUAUGUAAUGAAUGUUUUAUAUUGUAG